CUCGAGAUUUUUCAGCCAAUUGAACAAGCUGUUCAUUUGAUAAACCGACAUGAGGUUUACCCUCUAUGAAUGCAAUCGUUGCAGGUAUACCUCCGUUAUCUCUUACAGUUUGUUCUACUUUUUGAGCCAUUUCUAAAUUUUGAGGAUACGCCAUUCCAUGAGUUAUGAUUGUAGAUUCUAAGGAAACAACGGGUAAAACCUUAUCAUUCAAGGCUUGUUUGACCUCAUCUGUAAUUAUUAAUGGGAAUUUAUUCCAUCUUCUUAUACUACUCGAAAGUAGUCUUUUUGCAAUUGCACUCUUCAUUAAAUAGGAAUUGUUACAGUAUCAAUAAUUUCAUCUAGAUAUUUUUUUGUUUACUAUAUUUUUUUUUUCAGAAUAUUGCAAACAAGACUUAUUUAGCAGAAAUCAAGCCAGAAUAAUGAAAUCAUUUUGGAAUAUAGAGCUUGAUGAUGAUAUAACAAUAGACGUUAUACGAGAUUCUCCUCUAAGCCCAGAUCAGAUCAGUACUAUUUAUGAAAAGUUCAGCAAAGAUCAAGAUCAAUAUCAAUCUAUUCCAUUCGAGAAAUUAUCAUUUGAGGAUUUAUUUGUAUUAGAAUGUAUAAUAAUAAAAUCACAUAACGGCUACGACCCAACAAAGUUACUCGAUUUCCUAAAGCAUUCGCUAGAUAUCCCAGAUGGAAUAAACUGGAAUAGGGAGGUUGAUACUAGCCUUAAAAACAAAUAUUAUCACUACUUAAGAUUAUUAAGAGUUAUUUCAAAUCAUUCAGAUGACAUAUCAGCUUUUGUAUCAGUAAUAUCCUAUCAUAUCAAUCCUCAUACCCCUUGGAGUUCAAUGACUAAUUCUUUAUUAAUCAAAGAUAUUAUAUCGUCUUCAUCUAAGAAACAAGAAUCUAUACAACAAAUUCUUCCUGAUUUCAUUGCAGUUAAUUGGAAGCAAAAUCUAUUGAAAAUCGAAUCGACAGGCAAACAUACAGCAUUGAAUCCAAGAUUAGGCAAAAUAGUCGAAGAUGACAUUAGAAAAUCUUGGAAAUCCUCAUCUAAAGUGAAAUCAAUUUCAAUGACAUGGUUCAUAAUAUCGGAGUCAAAUGAUAUAGUCUUUGAAACUAAUUGGAGGCUAUUAAUCUCUUUCAUUUUGAAUAUUUUAGAUGAUCACGAACCAGUUUUUAAGUACCAUGCGUGUUUAUUAAUCAAUUUGCUUUUAGCAAGAUUUGUUAAGAGUCUGAAGUUAUAUUUACUUAAGAAUUCGGGGUUAUCUCAGAUUUUAUCAGAUUCAAUAAAAAAGUGUUUAAACUAUUUACCACCUAGUACUCCAGAAAGCAUAUCUGGAAUGCUAUUAGAGGAGGCCUAUAGAGGAUUGUAUUUAAUUAUAGAAAGCUCAGAUGAUCAGGUGUUGGCAGUGGUUGCCAUUAUAAAUGAUGAUAUAGUUUCUUCACUUUCACGAUUACUACUUGAUAAGCCAUCAAAAGUGACUUUACUACUUAUUAAACAGUUAGACUAUAUUAUAACAAAUGUUCUACAUACUAGAGUGAUGUUAGCAUUUUCCAAAGUUGUGUAUUUGAUUAAUCAAGUCAUUACCAAUGGUAAUUUGUAUUGGCAAACUGGUCUUGAAUUGGACAUAAUAUUGGCAGCUUUAAACACACAAAAUUCGUUAUUUGAACAAUUUAUAAGUUUAGGUGAUGUUGAAAGUUUUAAUUUGAUAUCCACUUAUAAAUACGAUUUUUUUGGUGCUUGGAGUAUUGUAUUGAAUAGAUCAAAUAAUGGAAAGAAUGAAACAUUAGUUGCCACUGUCAAGGAAAAUUUAAGCCAAUUAGCAGUAAUAAUGGAAAGAAGUGAUAAUAAAGGUAAUAGUUCAUUUAAUGAUAUUGUCAAUGAACUUAGUCAGAAGGUUCCUGGGAUGGAAAAGUAUCUAGAAAUAGUUUAAGUUGCAAUUAAAUAUAUAUUGAUAUGUACAUGAAAUAGAUACGAAGAACUAUUAAUUAAGUCUAUUGCUGACCUUGUAAUGCUUGAACGACUUUGAUGUUAGUAUCUAAGAAUCUGUUAAGACAAUUAGUAAGACAUUGCUCCUCUGAGGAACUCAAAUUACCAUUAGUUAUUGGUCUAUUAGCAUUACACUUCUUGAAACACAUAUCAGUGAAAUUAUGUAUGGACAUUUGAACUUUUGAUUUUGAUUGUU